CAAGAGAGACCCAGUUCCAGCGCCAUAUGAGGGAUCAUGAGCAAAAUGACAAGCCUCACCGAUGUGACCAGUGUCCAAUGUCAUUUAAUGUUGAAUUCAACUUGACACUUCAUAAAUGUACUCAUAAUGGUGAAGAUCCUACGUGCCCUGUGUGCAACAAGAAAUUCUCCAGAGUAGCCAGUCUGAAAGCUCAUAUAAUGCUACAUGAGAAAGAAGAGAAUCUUAUCUGUUCAGAGUGUGGAGAUGAAUUUACUUUACAGAGUCAGCUGUCCAUACACAUGGAAGAACAUCGUCAAGAAUUGGCAGGCAGUAGGAACCACAGCUGCAAGUCUUGCAAAAAGGAAUUUGAAACUUCCUCACAGCUAAAGGAGCAUAUGAAAACUCACUAUAAAAUAAGGGUAUCAAAUACCAGAUCUUAUAACAGAAAUAUUGACAGAAGUGGGUUUACCUAUUCCUGUCCUCACUGUGGAAAAACGUUCCAAAAGCCGAGUCAGUUAACACGACAUGUUAGGAUACACACAGGUGAAAGACCUUUUAAAUGCAGUGAAUGUGGAAAAGCCUUUAACCAGAAGGGGGCAUUGCAGACCCAUAUGAUCAAGCACACUGGUGAAAAACCCCAUGCUUGUGCCUUUUGUCCUGCAGCCUUUUCUCAGAAAGGCAAUCUUCAGUCACAUAUACAGAGAGUUCAUUCAGAGGUGAAGAAUGGCCCUACAUACAACUGUACAGAAUGUAGCUGUGUCUUCAAAAGCUUGGGUAGUUUAAAUACACAUAUCAGCAAGAUGCACAUGGGUGGUCCACAGAAUUCUGCAAGCUCUUCAACAGAUGUAUCUCAUGUUACAGCGGACUCUAUCACCCAGCCUUUAACAACAUCCCCUGCUAAUCUUUUGCAACCUGUUGAUAACAAAUGGAAGAAUGCCACGCAUUUUCGGUCUCCACUUCUUCAACAGACAGAAAACCAGGUGUCUUCAGCUACCGCACAUCAAGGUCAGCAGGCUGUAACUGAUGUCAUCCAGCAGCUCCUUGAGUUAUCAGAACCAGGGCCUGUAGAAAAUAACCAGCCUCAGCAACCUGGUCAACAACUCAACAUUGCAGUGGGAAUCAAUAGAGAUAUUUUGCAGCAAGCUUUAGAGAACAGUGGGUUGUCUUCGAUUCCCGUCUCUGCACAUUCUACUGACUGCAGCCAUGCUAAGAUUCCUGGGGCCCAGGAUCAGAACCCAGAUGUCCAGGCUCUCUCAAAUCAUCAGGCUGACUCUAAUGCAGAACAAGAUAAGGAGCAAGACAGUUCAGAUAAACUGGAUAAAAAGGAAAAAAAGGUUAUUAAGAAAAAAUCACCGUUUUUACCUGGUUCUAUCCGUGAAGAAAAUGGAAUAAGGUGGCAUGUUUGUCCAUACUGCUCUAAAGAAUUUAAAAAACCAAGUGAUCUAGUGCGCCACAUUCGCAUUCAUACCCAUGAGAAGCCAUUCAAAUGUCCCCAGUGUUUCCGCGCCUUUGCCGUUAAGAGUACUCUCACAGCACACAUAAAAACACACACUGGCAUUAAAGCUUUCAAGUGCCAAUUUUGUAUGAAAUGCUUUUCCACCUCAGGGAGUUUAAAAGUUCACAUUCGUCUACAUACAGGUGUUAGGCCUUUUGCUUGUCCUCACUGUGACAAAAAGUUUAGAACGUCAGGCCACCGGAAAACUCAUAUUGCUUCACAUUUUAAACAUACUGAACUAAGAAAGCUGCGACAUCAACGUAAGCCUGCAAAAAUUCGAGCAGGAAAGACCAGUGUUCCAGUACCAGACAUUCCUUUGCAAGAGCCCAUACUCAUAACUGAUUUAGGUCUUAUCCAGCCAAUCCCAAGGAAUAGCCAGUUCUUCCAAAAUUAUUUUAACAAUAAUUUUGUGAAUGAUGCAGACAGACCAUACAAAUGUUUUUAUUGCCAUCGAGCCUAUAAAAAAUCUUGUCAUCUUAAACAACACAUCAGGUCACAUACUGGUGAAAAGCCAUUUAAGUGCUCUCAGUGUGGAAGAGGUUUUGUGUCAGCUGGAGUUCUGAAAGCACAUAUUAGAACACACACUGGAUUGAAAGCUUUUAAGUGUCUUAUAUGCAACGGGGCCUUCACUACUGGUGGUAGCCUCAGGCGACAUAUGGGGAUCCAUAAUGACCUUCGACCAUAUAUGUGUCCAUAUUGUCAAAAAACAUUCAAAACAUCACUAAACUGUAAAAAACACAUGAAGACUCAUAGAUAUGAACUUGCACAGCAACUUCAGCAGCAUCAGCAGUCUGCUUCAAUAGAUGAUUCUACAGUAGAUCAGCAGAGCAUUCAUGUUUCUACACAGAUGCAAGUAGAGAUUGAAAGUGAUGAGUUACAGCAGUCAGAAGCUGUUGCAACAGAUCAGCAGGCUAUUUUAGAGUUAGACCAGCAGCCAGUAGUAGGCACAGGAGAAACAGCACUAGAACAACAAUUGGCUGAGCAGCCUUUAGAGCAAGAUGAGGUUUCAGAUAGAUUUGUGACACCCCAGCAUGCUUUACAGGAAAACAUCACUCAGUAUGAACAACAAGCUAUAACACAGCAGACAUUUGAUCAACAGGGCUUAUCACAAGGUUUUACAGUGAAUGACAGCUACAAUCAACAGACUCAAUUUCCAGCUGUACAGCAGCUCCAGGAUUCAAGCACACUUGAAUCUCAGGCUCUUUCAACGAGUUACCAUCCACCAGCCCUUCUUCAGGUUCCAAAUACAGACACUAUUAAUGUAGCUACUCGCUUGAUACAAGAUCAGUCAUCGCAAGAAGAACUUGAAUUGCAUACCCAAAGGCCUCAUUUUCUUGAGGAUAAUGAAGAUCAAAGCAGGCGUUCAUAUAGAUGUGAAUAUUGCAACAAGGGUUUUAAGAAAUCCAGCCAUUUGAAACAACAUGUACGAUCGCAUACUGGUGAGAAACCUUAUAAAUGCCAACUCUGUGGCCGUGGCUUUGUUUCCUCAGGAGUUCUUAAGUCACAUGAGAAGACUCAUACAGGAGUUAAAGCAUUCAGCUGUAGCAUUUGCAAUACCGCCUUCACAACUAAUGGCAGCCUUACCAGGCACAUGGCAACUCACAUGAGCAUGAAGCCUUACAAGUGCCCAUUCUGUGAUGAAAGCUUUCGAACAACUGUUCACUGCAAAAAACAUAUGAAAAAACAUCAGGCAGUCUCCUCAGCUGUAGCAGCAGCUACAGAAACAGGAGUGGGAGUUGCAUGUGUUGAAGAUGAUGAUGAAAACUCUGAAAGAACUUCCAGAAAAUCUCGUCCUGGUGUCAUAACUUUUACAGAAGAAGAAACAGCAGAACUGGCAAAGAUUAGGCCUCGAGAAAGUGCCACUGUCUCAGAAAAAGUUCUUGUCCAGUCUGCUGCAGAGAAAGACAGAAUUAGUGAGAUCAAAGAUAAGCAAGCAGAAAUGGAAGCAGAGCCCAAAUAUGCCAACUGUUGUAGUUAUUGCCCCAAAAGCUUCAAAAAACCCAGUGAUUUAGUCAGGCAUGUUCGUAUCCAUACUGGAGAGAAGCCAUAUAAGUGCGAAGAAUGUGGAAAGAGUUUCACUGUAAAAUCUACUCUGGAUUGUCAUGUUAAAACACACACAGGCCAGAAGCUCUUCAGCUGUCAUGUAUGCAGUAAUUCUUUUUCUACAAAAGGGAGUCUAAAAGUCCACAUGCGUCUGCAUACAGGAGCAAAGCCCUUUAAAUGUCCACACUGUGAUUUACGGUUUCGUACUUCAGGGCGCAGAAAAACCCACAUACAGUGUCAUUAUAAACCAGAGACAAAGAAAGUUAGGAAGACUGUCGCCCGUUCUUCAGCUGAGGGACUACAACCAGUCAGUCUUCUUAAUUCAUCCUCAACAGACCCUAAUGUUUUCAUCAUGAAUAACUCCGUUUUGACGAGUCAGUUUGAACAAAAUUUACUUCAGCAAGGACUUGUGGGCCAGGCUAUCCUGCCUGCUUCAGUGUCAGCUGGAGGUGACUUAACUGUGUCCUUGACAGAUGGUAGCUUGGCCACUCUUGAAGGAAUACAGUUACAACUUGCUGCUAAUCUGGUUGGACAAAAUGUUCAAAUUUCUGGAAUAGAUGCCACCAGUAUUAACAACAUAACAUUACAGAUUGAUCCAAGUAUUCUACAGCAGACAUUACAGCAGAGUAAUUUACUUGCUCAGCAGCUAACUGGAGAUCCCAAUAUGGCUCCACAGAAUCCCUCCCUCCAGGCAACAGAAAAUGCAGUGCCAGCUAAUGUGGUUAUUCAGCCUAUAUCAGGCCUGUCUUUGCAGCCCACAGUAACAUCUUCUGCUAACAUGACAAUAGGAUCACUGUCUGAGCAAGAGUCUGUGCUGACAACCAGUGCUAGUGGUGCACAGGAUAUCUCUCAAGUCAUGACUUCACAGGGUAUGGUAUCAUCUUCAAAUGGACAACAUGAGAUAACGUUGACCAUAAAUAAUUCCAGUUUGAGUCAAGUUCUAGCUCAUGCUUCAGAUUCUAAUACUACAAGCUCAUCCGGAAGUCCUCAAGAAAUCACUCUUACAAUAUCUGGCCAAGAUCUUAUUCAGCACAAUUCUGGAAGCAGUGAUCUGAAUACUGGCUUAAGGCUGACAGCACCAACCAUCAACAGUCAGACUACAGGUGCUACAUUAACUAUAAGCAAUGACCAGCUUCUUUCUCAGGGCACUUCACUAAAUGCUCCAGAACUUAAUACAACAGGUGGAACAAACCUUCCUUCAACACCCAUAUCUCAGUCUACGGUUUCUGCCCAGAAUUUGGUAAUGUCUUCAUCAGGAGUUGGAGGAGAUGGUAGUGUCACCUUGACUCUUGCUGACACUCAGGGAAUGUUGUCAGGUGGUCUUGAUGCAGUUACACUUAAUAUCACUUCACAGGGUCAGCAGUUCCCUGCUAUACUCACAGAUUCCAGUCUCGCUAGCCAAAGUGGGUCAGGCUCACAGCAAGUCAUACUGGUGAGCCAUACACCCCAUUCAGCAUCUGCAAACUCUGAUGAAAUAACGUAUCAGGUGACAGAGGUUUCUUCUAAUGUGACUAAAAGCAGUCAAGCAGAAAAAGAAGGUCGCGUGCACCAGUGUUUUGAGUGUAGUCAAACCUUUUCUUCAGCUACCAUGUUGAUGCACCAUAGUAAAGAGGUUCAUGGCAAGGAAAGAAUACAUGUUUGCCAUGUCUGCAAUAAAGCCUUUAAACGGGCAACACAUCUCAAGGAACACAUGCAAACCCAUCAGGCUGGACCUUCACUGAGUUCCCAGAAGCCUAGAGUGUUUAAGUGUGAUACUUGUGAAAAAGCUUUCGCUAAGCCAAGUCAGCUGGAGAGGCAUAGUCGCAUUCACACAGGGGAACGGCCAUUUCAGUGUACACUAUGUGAAAAGGCUUUUAACCAGAAGAGCGCUCUUCAAGUCCACAUGAAAAAGCACACAGGAGAGAGGCCUUAUAAAUGUGAUUACUGUGCAAUGGGAUUUACACAGAAAAGCAAUAUGAAGCUGCAUAUGAAACGGGCUCAUGGUUACACUGGUCUUGUACAAGAGCCUGCUAGUCAUCAAGAACAAGAAGGGGAAGAUAUUAGUCGUGCUCUGAAUUUAGAAGAAGUGGUACAAGAAUCUUCAAAUGAAUGGCAAAGUAUAAGCAAUGUUUUUCGAUGACAACUUAAAAUUUGAAAGCUAAAAAUGUUUCUGGGACUGAAAUAUCUCGAUGCAAGUUUUCAGAAAAGUAAAAGAUGGAUUUUACA